AUGAUUGGUUCAUUCAGCCUCAUGAUAAGAAUAAUUAACUUGCGAAANUGGGCAUCUGAGAAAGAUCCUUGUUUAGUAUUUAGAAAUUUAUUAGCAAAAAAUCGAAAUAAAAAGGAUCAUGAUAUUCAAAUUGGAAAUGAUAUAUCAAAUUCUGAACUUCUUUGCUUGCUUUUAAAAACGCAGUUUGAUCGAAAUGUAGUCACUCAGUUUGAUGUUCAGGAAUUAAUAUUUGAUCAUAUUUUUAGCCAUCUUGGUAUUAAUACUUCAGGAUGUGUUGACCACCCUAUAGUUUUGACAGAAGCCAUUUGCAAUCCAAGUUAUUCUAGACAAUUGAUGUCUGAAUUACUUUUUGAAUGUUAUCAAGUGCCAAGUGUAGCUUAUGGACUUGAUGCUGUGUUUAGUUUUUAUUACAACAUUCCAAAAUAUCAAACUCAGAAUGGUAUAAUAUUAUCUAGUAGUUAUAAUACAACUCAUAUUCUACCAAUUCUACAAGGUCAAAUAGAUUUUCCUCAAUGUCGUCGAAUAAAUGUUGGUGGUAAUCAUUUGAUAAUGUUUCUUCAUCGUAUUUUACAGUUAAAAUAUCCUACACAUUUUUCUGCUAUUAACAGAACUAGAUGUGAGAAUUUAAUUUUCCAACAUAUGAAAGUUGCCUUGAACUUCCAGGAAGAAUUAGAAAAUUGGAAUGAUAUGGAGUAUUAUAAUAAACAUGUACAUAAGAUACAGUUACCUUAUACACCUAUUCCAGGAAGUCACAGUCCUGUAAUAGAUGGAAAAAUGGAACGCUGCUUUUCAAUGUUAAAACGAUUACAGGAAUUAAAUGCUGAAAAACGAGCAGAAACUUUAAUGAGAGAUGAGGAAAAGUUGCAACAUUUUCUUAAUAUGCAAGAAAUAUUAGAUGAUGAUGAAGAAGACUUAUUUUUGCAAAAAAGUUUACAUGAAUUCGGGCUUAGUUCAGUCACAGAACUUCAGAUUGCUAUUAAUAAAUUAAAUCAGAAGAUUCGAAAAACAAGAAAUUAUGUUCCUUAUUUCUCGUUUGGAGAAAGUGAUGGGCAGGAAACAUUACAAAAAUCAAGUUGUGGGGAGUUGGAAUUACAUAAAUUUUCUGAUCCUGAAAGUUGGAUUAAAGCUGUGAAACAGAGAUGUGAAGUAAGUUAGAUUUUCAUUAAAGUA